UCCUCUUCAUCGAGGUCUCUGUGUUGUGUAUACCUUUUAAAAUUCAUCGCAAACAACUCUAACAACGGACAUCGAAGAAGAAGAAGAGGAAGAGACCGAUCACUUUCAGUGAUUCUUUUGAUCAGUGCUGUCGAACCGACGAUUGUCAACUACCGUCGGGUAGAUUCGAACCAUUGCAGUCUUAACAUUGUAAGGGUUGAUCGGCAGGAUCAACAAAGCUGAGCAGAUCGACGUUUAUCGGAGAGUGACUUUUCAAAGUCAGACUCCCGAUACGAUAUGCUGAUUGGAAUCGUUUUAUUGCUGAUCGGCUUCUCUUACGCGGGACCAUUAAACGAUGCACCAGCGCGAGAAAUUUUACCACCACUACCAUGGAAAUCUUCAGUUACUCAAGACAAUUCUAAAUUCGUGAAUGAACUUGGAUUUCAACGUGGUGCUGUUGAAAGUCCACCAAGAUCAUUGUCCAUCGAAUUUGAUCGUCUUCGAGAACCAAUCAAAGAAAAUGCUGAAUUUGGAUCAAAAAGAAUUCCACUUCGCGACGCUGUCGAAGCUUUACCUUCGAGUACUCUUAAACUUUGUAGAGGUACCAAGAAAGAAGGAUGUUUUGCAAGAAUCGUGGAUGAAAGAGUACCACUAAGGGAUGCUGUUGAACAUCGAGAGGCACCCUUCUUUGGGGGUAUAGAACACGAAUCUAUUUGGAUUGAACCACUUGCACCACCUACUUUAGGUAGAAUUCAACGAAUUGGCGAUCCUAAGGUUGUCUGCCGUUUUGAUUCUAGAGCAACUUAUAGAAUGGAACCUUUCUCUUUAUUAUCUGGAUCUUUACCGGAUUACAAAUGUACUCAUUUGAUAUAUGCCGGAGCUAAUUUGGACUCAAAUUUCAAAGUGGUACCUUGGAAUUAUGAAUACGAUGAAAUUAAAGGUGGUUACAAGACAGCUGUAAAUCUUCGUUCGAGAGAUCCAGCAUUACGUAUUCUGAUCUCGAUCACGCUUCCCAGCGAAAGAUUUAAGUCUAGUAAAUUGAACGAAGCUGAUUACGAGAAAAUUUCUCAAUCAAUACUGAAUUUCAUUAAUCAACAUGAUUUGGAUGGUGUUCUUAUAAAUUGGCAAAUGGAAGAUACCUGGCAAACAAAUGCUAUGACAGAUCUAAAGAUUCUUUCCAAAAUUCUUAAAAAACAUUUAGUUGAAGAAGGAUUAACUUUAGCUAUUGCUCUCCGUGCUGAAGAUCGUGUCCAUCGAGAGACCAUUUCGAAUUUUGAUUUAGUCAUACUGAAAGCUUGGCGAGAGGAUCUUCAUUUAAGAAAAGAAAAAUAUGCUCUUCAUCCUGCGCCACUUAAAUUCGUCAUUCAUGCUGUUGAAAAAUGGUUUGAACGUGCUGGCAUGGAACAAGCAUCAAAAACUGUAUUAGGCUUACCAAUUUUCGGUGAUGGAUAUACACUUAAAUUUGGAAACUUCACUGAUGCUGGUGCUCCAAUUUUAGGGCCUGGAUUACCUGGUCCAUAUACUGGAACACGUAAUGGAAGACUUGCUUAUUAUGAGAUAUGCGAACGAUUGGAAGAAGGUUCAUGGAUAUCUGGAAGAGAUGAGGAUGGUCCAUAUAUAAAACGUGGAGAUCAAUGGAUCGGAUACGAUGAUCCUAUCUCGUUGAAAUUAAAAACAGCUUAUGUUAAAUCUAGUGGACUUGCUGGUAUUUCUUUGUGGUCUUUAGAUUUGGAUGAUUUUCAGGGUAUUUGUGGUAAUCCAUGGCCAAUGUUGAAUACUGCAACGAAUGCAUUAGGACUUUAUGAAAGCACAUACAUCAAAAAAUGUUCUAAAGAAAGCCUCUUCGCUGAUCCAGACAACUGUUCUGGAUUUUACUCCUGCGUUAAAGGUAAAAUGUAUCAUGGUUAUUGUGGUCCCAAACGGCUGUUCGAUCCUGUAAAAGGACGUUGCAUUAAAACCGAUCCAGAUAUUUGUAAACCUGGAUAUUCUGAUACAAUUGUUUUACACGAAGCGGAAUUUCUCGUUAAUAAAAAUGAAACGAAGAAAGACAAUUAUGUAGAAGAGUUGACAGAAAAAGGUCCACGUGUUGUUUGUUACGUCACUUCGUGGGCUAUUUAUCGAAAAUCCGAUGGAAAAUUUAUACCAGAACGUUUGGAUUCUAAUUUAUGUACAGACAUUAUUUAUGCAUUCGCCAGUUUGAAUCCAGAGACUUUGUUGAUACAGGCUUUUGAUCCUUGGGCUGAUUUAGACAAUGGCUUAUACGAACGAGUAACGUCAAUUAAAGGAGCCAGAGUACUAUUGGCUCUGGGUGGUUGGACCGACAGUUCUGGUGAUAAAUAUUCUAGAUUAAUAAGCAGUGGUGUAUCUCGUAGAAAAUUCAUCUCAGCUACGAUUAAUUUCUUGAAGAAACACAAUUUCGAUGGUUUAUCACUUGAAUGGAAUUAUCCGAAAUGUUGGCAGAGCGAUUGCAGGAAAGGUCCUGAUUCUGACAAGCCUAACUUUACGAAACUCCUUCAAGAAUUAAGAAAGGAAUUCGAUAAACAAACACCUAGACUCGCGUUAGCAGUAGCUUUGUCAGGAUACAAGGAAGUUAUUGAUCAAGCUUAUGAAGUUGCUGAAAUUUUACGUGAAGUUGAUUUUGCUUCAGUAAUGACGUAUGAUUAUCAUGGUGCUUGGGAAUCUAAAACUGGUCAUUUAGCACCUUUAUAUGGAACAAAUAACGAUGGCCGGCGAUAUUACAACGUUAAUUUUACAAUGGAAUAUCUCGUGAGUCUUGGAGCGAAUAAAUCAAAACUAUUAAUAGGUAUACCAUUAUAUGGUCAAGCUUAUCAUCUCUCAGAUCCUCAUCGAACGGAACUUGGUGAUCCUGCAACCGGUCCUGGUUUACCUGGAGAAUUUACUAAGCAACCAGGAAUGUUAGCUUAUUACGAAAUAUGUGAUAGAAUAAAAAGGCAAGAUUGGACUGUAGGAUCAGGACCAAGUGCUUAUCACAAAGACCAAUGGGUAGGCUACGAAAAUCAAAAGAGCGUAUUUCGAAAGGGUCAAUAUAUAAUACAAAAUAAUUAUGGAGGAGCAUCAAUGUGGACUGUCGAUUUGGACGAUUUCUUAAAUCGUUGCUGCAUGGAAAAUUUCCCGCUUCUUAAAGCUAUAAAUCGUGCAUUAGGUCGUUCUCGUACGCCGGUACCAGACGAAAUGAAAGAAAAUUGUCAACGACCGGAAGAACCUGUGACACCGCCAGAACCAACGAUGACAAGUCAUAGCGAUGCUGUCGAGGAUGGACCAGUUUCAACAAAACCAAUGUCAACAUUAACGACUAAAAUUACUACAUGGCCAACAUGGACGGAAAAACCAAGUACAACGACACAAUCCAGUUGGACUCAGAAGCCAACAUCAACGCUAACGACUAAAGGCACUACAUGGCCAACAUGGACGGAAAAACCAAGUACAACGACUCAAUCCAGUUGGACUCAGAAACCUACACCAUCAUCGAGUGAUCACCACCAUCACCAUCAUGAAACAUCCACAAUGCUCACGUCAACAAUAACAUGGGGUCCAAGUUAUUUACCACCCGCUACUACUGUCUCUAGUACAACAGAGAAUAUAUCAAUACCUCCUGUAUCCUGCAUCGAAGGUCAAUAUACUUCUGAUCCUUUUGAUUGCGGUAGUUAUUAUCGAUGUGUUCUUAAAGAGUUAAAACGAGAACGUUGCGCACCUGGAUUACAUUGGGACAAGUCACGCAAUAUAUGCGACUGGCCAUCUAUUUCGAAAUGUCAAACUGAUAUCAGCACCACGUCAACGAAGAGUCCAACAAAAAAAACAACCAUUUCUUCCUCGCAAAAGCCAACAUCAACGACCUCAUCGACAUGGACUAUUUCCAGUACACAUCGUUCAAGCACAACAAAAAAACCUGUCGUUGUUAUGACGUCAACAGAAAAACCGAUGAAGGAAUGCAAACAUGGGCAAUAUUACGCCUAUCCCAAUUCUUGUAUAAACUUUUUAGUCUGCGUUAAUGGAAAUCUAGUGUCUCAACAAUGCGGUCCAGGACUGAACUGGAACAAAGAAAAGAAUAUGUGCGAUUGGGCAUACAAGAACCCAUGCAAUGAGAAACCAAUGAAGAAUGCUUUACUCGUCACAAAGGAUACAACUUCGAAGAACUGUAUCUCUGGAAGUUAUGGUCCCGUAUCUGGUGAUUGUGAAAGUUACGUAGCUUGUUUAUGGGGCCGCCAAGAAAUCUUUCACUGUGCUCCAGGAUUGCAUUUCAAUAAGCAUAGUAGUAUUUGUGAUUGGCCAUCGAGAGCUAAUUGUCAAGAGAAUGUUGAUGAUAAGGAAGAUAAAACUGAAAAACCUAGCACAAAACCUCCUCUUCAAAAUGGAUCCCCUACUACGUUAAUUACUGAGAGGCCUACAGUAACUACUACUCAAAAAACGACAACUCAAAGUCCAACUCAGUCUACAACUUUAUCUCCGGUUGAAAUAGAUCCUGAUAAAGUUUCACCUCUUUCUGGAUAUUUUAAGGUUGUUUGCUAUUUCACAAACUGGGCAUGGUAUCGCAGGGGUGUAGGACGGUAUUUACCGGAACACAUAGAUCAUACUCUCUGUACUCACAUUGUUUAUGGUUUCGCAGUGUUGGAUUAUUCUGAAUUGACUAUUAAAGCUCAUGAUUCUUGGGCCGACUAUGAUAAUCGAUUUUACGAACGUGUUGUAACUUAUAAGAAACGUGGUUUAAAAGUAUUGUUAGCUUUGGGAGGAUGGAAUGAUUCUGCUGGUGAUAAAUAUAGUCGUUUAGUAAAUAAUCCUGCGGCUAGACAGAAGUUUAUUACUCAUGCUAUUAAGUUUAUUGAAAAAUACGGUUUUGAUGGACUGGAUCUGGAUUGGGAAUAUCCAGUAUGCUGGCAGGUGGAUUGCAAAAAAGGGCCAGACUCUGAUAAAGAAAGUUUCGCAGCAUUAGUUAAAGAAUUAAGUACUAGCCUGAAACAGAAAGGAUUAUUAUUAACAGCUGCUGUCUCUCCUAGCAAAAAAGUGAUCGACAAAGGAUAUGAUGUACCUACCUUAGCAAAAUAUUUGGAUUGGAUUGCAGUGAUGACAUAUGAUUAUCAUGGACAGUGGGAUAAGAAGACUGGACAUGUUGCUCCUAUGUAUGCUCAUCCAGAUGAUGAAUUUUAUUACUUCAAUGCAAAUUAUUCGAUAAAUUACUGGAUCGCUAAAGGGGCACCUCCUAGAAGUAUAGUCAUGGGAAUGCCAUUGUAUGGACAAUCUUUUACAAUAAAUGAUCCAAAAGCUGGAGUUGGUUUGAAUGCGCCAGCAAGUGCUGGUAAUGCUGGUGAAUUCACAAGGGCAGCAGGAUUUUUAGCUUAUUAUGAAAUCUGUAAUCGAAUUCGCAAUCAUGAUUGGACUGUUGUACAAGAUCCUGAAAAGAGAAUGGGACCAUAUGCUUAUAAAGGAAGUCAAUGGGUUAGCUUCGAUGAUGCUGAUUCGAUUAGACGAAAAGCUCAGUUUGUUAGGAACAUGAAUCUUGGGGGAGGAAUGGUCUGGGCAUUAGAUCUUGACGAUUUUAGAGGACGAUGUGGAGAAGGACCUCAUCCACUCAUGCACACUCUACAACAGGUCCUUUCUGAACCACCAAAUCAACAUGACGAACCAAUUAAGCCACCAAGUGUUGGAAGUGAUCUGGAAUGGAAGAUGCCUGUCGCUUCAGACAUUACUUCAACAGCAAUGCCUACAACAUUGAUAGAACCUGAGCAUACCACUUCAGUAAUAAAACCUGAUGAUUCUAAAGGAUUUAAAGUUGUUUGUUAUUUCACCAAUUGGGCAUGGUACAGACAAGAAGGUGGAAAAUUUGUUCCAGAAGAUAUCGACGGUGAUUUAUGCACACACAUCAUUUACGGUUUUGCUGUACUUGAUGGUUCCAGUUUAACGAUAAAAACUCAUGAUAGUUGGGCCGAUAUAGACAACAAAUUUUAUGAAAGGGUGGUCGCUUAUAAAUCAAAAGGUAUCAAAGUGUUGUUAGCAAUUGGAGGAUGGAAUGAUUCGGCAGGUGAUAAAUACAGUCGUCUGGUAAAUUCAGCUAGCGCUAGGGAAAGAUUUACAUCACAUGUUUUACAAUUCCUUGAAAAAUAUGGUUUCGAAGGACUCGAUUUGGAUUGGGAAUAUCCCGUUUGUUGGCAGGUCGAUUGUAAAAAGGGUCCAAAAUCUGAUAAAGAAAGUUUCGCUCUUUUAGUACAACAUUUAAGUAAAGUAUUCAAACCGAAAGGCCUACUAUUAUCAGCAGCUGUUUCACCAAGUAAACGAGUUGUCGAUGCUGGCUAUGACGUAAUUUCUUUAGCUAAAUAUUUAGACUGGAUAUCUGUCAUGACGUACGAUUACCAUGGCCAAUGGGACAAGAAAACUGGACAUGUAGCUCCACUGUAUGCACUUCCUAGUGAUUGGGAACGUACUUUUAAUGCCAACUUUUCAGUUCAUUAUUGGCUAGAACAGGGUGUACCACCGAAAAAAUUAGUAAUGGGUGCACCUAUGUAUGGUCAAUCCUUUUCCUUGGCACAAAGUACUCAACGAGGAUUAAAUGCACCUACAUAUGGCGGUGGAGAAGCAGGUGAAGCUACAAGAGCAAGAGGUUUCUUAUCUUAUUACGAAAUUUGUGAGAGAACAUUAAAGAAAGGUUGGUCGGUAGUUCAAGACAGCCAGAGACGUAUCGGACCAUAUGCUUAUAAAGGGGAUCAGUGGGUUAGCUUUGAUGAUGCGAAACAAAUUAGGAAAAAAGCAGAAUUAAUCAAAAAACUUGGUCUUGGAGGUGGAAUGAUUUGGGCACUAGAUUUAGACGAUUUUAAGAACAGAUGUGGCUGCGAACCUAGUCCUUUGUUAAGAACAAUGAACAGAGUUUUGAGAAAUUAUCCUGAAGGACCACUUUGUCCAGUAUCGUCAGAAACCACUUCCAUUGAUUUUGAUGAAUCUGAAACUCAAGCGGAAAGCACUGGGUCGUCAACAACCGAAUCCACAUCUACAUCUUGGCCUACCUAUUUGCCACCUGCAACAACAACAACAACCACAACAACGUCAACAACAUCAACAACUACUACUACUACAGAAUCAUCGGAAGAAAAUGAUACUAUUGAAAUAAUAGCUGGUCCACCUCCAGCAGGUAUCGCACCUUUAGGUGAUUGUGGUGGUAAAUUAUUUAUUCCACACAAAAAUGACUGUGCUAAAUAUUAUCUCUGCAAUUUCGGUAAACUUUCUGAACGUUCUUGCCCUAAUGGACUUUACUGGAACGAAAAUAGAUGCGAUUGGCCGGAAAAUAGUAAAUGUAAAAGAGAACUUAGACAACGUCAGACAAGUGACGCAUCCAUGGCUUUAUCCCUUAGCGAGAACAACUCGAAGAAAAUUGUUUGUUACAUAACAAGUUGGGCUCAGAAAAGACAAAGUGAAGGAAGAUUUAUAACACAGGAUUUAAACUUAGAUCUCUGCACACACGUCGUCUACGGUUUUGCGAUAUUAGACGAGGAAAGUUUAACGAUAAAAAUGCCGGACUCUUGGGACAAGGAAGAUGAAAAGUUCUUGAGAGAUAUGAUAUUGUUGAAUGCUCAAUCUUCGAACCCUGUUAAGAUAUUGAUUGCCUUGGGUGGCUGGAAAGAUUCUUACGGGGACAAAUAUAGCAGAAUGGCGAGUGAUUCAGCUAGCAGAAUAAAGUUAGUCGAUAGUAUCAUUAAAUUUAUUAACAAAUAUAAAUUUGACGGUCUUGAUCUUAUUUGGGAAUAUCCAGUAUGUUGGCAGAUAGAUUGUAACAAUGGACCUAAAAGCGACAAGUUAGCCUACAUCAAUCUUCUUCGGGAUCUUAGAACGGCAUUGAAAAUUCGUCGAUUACUUUUCUCAGCCGCAGUUUCAUCAAGUAAAAAAGUAAUCGAUAUUGCUUACCAAGUUCCAAUGCUUUCCGAAUAUGUUGAUUGGAUCGAUGUUAUGACUUAUGACUAUCAUGGUUAUUGGGAAGAGCAAACUGGUCAUGUGGCACCAUUAUAUCAUUGUUCGGCUAACGAAGAUCAAUAUAUGAAUGUAAAAUCUAGCUUGAAAUACUGGAUUGAGAAGGGUGCACCUUCUGAAAAACUUAUGUUAGGUAUUCCGGCAUACGGACAAUCAUUUACUUUGGCCGAAAAUGCAAUACCAUUAACAACAAAGAAUUCCAAUUUCGUUCCUUCGCAAUCUUCUGGACCUGGAAAACCUGGAAAAUUCUCGAAAGUUCCAGGAUUUCUUUCUUAUUACGAAAUAUGCGAUAAUGUAAAAAAUGCUAGAUGGAAUGUAACCAAAGACCCGGAACGUUGUUUUGGAUCGUAUGCAACGAAGGAUGAUCAGUGGGUCAGUUAUGAUGAUGUAUCAAAUGUAUUCAAAAAGGCUGAUCUUAUAAGAGAAUUAAAUCUUGGGGGUGGAUCAAUAUGGUCACUUGAUUUAGACGAUUUCUCUGGUAAUUGUGGUUGUGGAAAAUAUCCUUUAUUGACUGCACUGAACCGUGGCCUUGUUCAAGAGAAACUACAAAUGACGGAUUGUACAUAAAAGAUUAGAAAGAGUCUUGCGCAUAGUAAACAUUUCUACGAUCAAAUUGAAAUUCAUUGUUUGCUGAAUAUAACGUAUGUAAAAUACAGCAGCAAUAGUAACCGUGGUAUAGAACAAUA